GCUGCAGUGGGAGAAGCUGCAGGUGCGAAGGGCUGGCUGCAGCUCUCUCCAUCCCUGCUUGUUGCCCUGCUCCUAGGCAACCAGGAGAGCAGGGGAUAGAGUGGCCCCAGGGGUGUGAUCACCCAGGGGACUCAAGGUGGCAGCAGGCACGUGAAUUCUACGUGUCCUGCUGCUGCCUGCACUUCCUAUACCCGCAACACAGCCCACUCACUGGAUCUUCACUGAAGACUUCUGCCUCCUCUUUGUGGGACCCCCUCCUGCAACCCCAGAUGGAUUGUCAUUCGUUUUCCAGGUGACAAAUGUGGCAUGGCACUAUUGGCAUCAUCACUGGCACUGAGACAACCAGCAAAGGAAAGGAUGUGGGAGCAAAGUAGGGCAGGUAGCCCUUAAAAUUCACACAUCUGGUUUGUCAUUAAUGGCUAAACCAAGAAGUUGACUGAUGUGCUGACAUCAUGGGAAGUUGCUGCAGUUGCCGAGAUGGUCUCCCAGACAAUCAUCCCACAAAAUUUAAGGUCACCAAUGUGGAUGAUGAGGGAACAGAGUUGGGCUCAGGGGUCAUGGAACUAACACAAACUGAACUGGUCCUUCACACUCGAAAACGUGAUGCUGUAAGAUGGCCAUACCUUUGUUUACGCCGUUAUGGAUAUGACUCUAACCUCUUUUCUUUUGAAAGUGGGCGAAGGUGCCAGACUGGUCAAGGGAUCUUUGCAUUCAAGUGCUCAAGGGCAGAAGAAAUCUUCAACCUACUGCAGGAGCUCAUGCAGCGCAACAGCAUCAGUGUUGUAGAAGAGCCUGUAAUGAUUUCCAGAACUGGACACCCUGGGGAGAUGGAUCUAGUGCAUACCCCUCAGGCUCCAGGAGGUUUGGGGUAUACAGGGUUCCCAAAUGGAUUCCAUAGUUUUCCUCAUGAUGGGCCAACCUACCCAUCUGCUCGUCACCAUUCAAUGGGAAAUGUGAGACAUCCUUCUGUUGCUGAGGAGGCAGGUCAUGUUUUGAUUACACCAGAAGAUCAGUCUCACACAUAUAUGAAUACAGCCAGUGGAGGUGAAAAAGAAAUGGGAGGUCGACAUUGUAUGCAUUCCUUGCCUGAGGCACAUGCACCAUACCAUGACCCACCAAGACACAGGCUUGGUCCAAGCUGUACCAUGGAAGAAAGGAACCCCCAGGUGUAUCUUCAACCAGGAGAAGUAAAAUUUGUGCUAGGCCCAGCUCCUGCCUACAGGCGAAUGCCAAUGAGGGGAGAUAGCGUCUGUCAACAUCACAGAGACUACCAGGGUCAUAUUUGUAGUGUUGAGAGAGAGCCGUUUCCACUUCAUAACAAUAAUAAUGAGUGUACAGAUCAGUGGCAUACCCAGAAGUGUGCCUACGAGAACAUCAAUGGCUUAGUGCCACCAGGAAAUAUAACCCUACUACAGGGGGGCACCAAUAGGGGCCUAAAACUGUCAGCUAAUGGGGUACCAUUUAGUAGCUGCUCUCAUCGGAGGACAGCAAUGCUACAUUAUGAGAAUUUACCACCACUCCCACCGGUUUGGGAGUGCCAGUCUCUGCACCAAGAGGAAGAUGAAGAGGAGGACUCAGCUGGUGCUAUGACACCUUCACUCAAUGGCUACCAUGAUGAUCCUGUGCAAAACUACAUGAAUGCUGAGAGUGCAACAGCAUGUGGAGAAUACCAUCACCCUCACCAACCAGACUGCCAACCCCGCCGAAACUGUCCAUCAAAUGUGUUUAACUUUGACUACCGAAAACCACAUACUGAGCAGAGUCAACUUAACUACAUUCAGGUGGAACUAGAAGGGAAGAAUGAAGGGAAAGCACGGGCAAUCCCACAAAUCACCUGCACCCCAACUCCCAAUCACCCAGUCCACCGUGCUGACUCUUAUGCUGUUAUCGACCUAAAAAAGACAGCAGCCAUGUCCAACCUGCAGAGAGCACUGCCACUGGACGAUGGCACUUCAAGAAAGACCAGGCACAACAGCACAGACUUGCCUCUGUAACUGCUGUGUAUCCAUUGCAUACUUUGUCUUUAUCUUUUCAAAAGCGAUCUGUGCUGCUCUGUUUUGGUUUUUUUCUUUUCUUGUGUGAGUGUAUCCUGGUCUUUUGUAUCCCACCACUUCUUCGUAUUUAACACCCUUCCUGAGAGAAGUAUUUCUGUUUUUAAGAAUGUGGAAUUUAGCAUCUUGGGCAAUUGGGUUGAUGUUUUAGUAAAAACAAAAGCACUCCUUGUUGUAGCUGUGCUGUAAGGACCAGGAAGAUAUAAAAGGUGAAGACUGUAACUUCACCCAGCUGGAAAUGCUCUUUGUGGGUCAAAUCUCAGUGUUGUUUUUUUAUGUAUUUAUUUUUUUAUUGUUGCUUUUGUACACUUGAGACAUUUUCUCAUUUGCUGAUUUAAUUUAUUGAUUUAACUUAUUUUUCUAUUUAUUUUGUAAACACUCCAUGCCAUAUUGUGCCGUUGGAAAAACACUGCCUGGUCUCACAAUGCCUAAAGGACUCUCGACUGAUGUGCAUUACGGGUUAGAUCCUUGUACCUCUUUUGAUGUCAUUUGGACAUUAGCAUGUUACAAACAAUUGAACUGUAAUGUAUAUACCCAGUUAUUGCAUUAUACAGUUACAGUAAUGUAUAGGUGCUAAAUAAAGAAAAGGUGAACCUUAAAAGAUUGUCUAAAUUAUAUAUAUUUAUAUAUAUAUAUAUAUAUAUAUAUAUAUAUAUAAAAAUGUACAUACAACAGAAACAGGAAAACAACCAAUCUAAGAUGUGAAGGAUUCACCACAGAUUAUAAGGAAGCCCCAUAUUUUCUGUACUUAUUACUUGAAUUAAAAGUGCCAAAUAUUUCUGCCUGUGCCAUGUAAAAAUUUAAUUUGUGUAAUUGUUGUAAUUUAUUAUUCCCUUUAUACUUUGUGUAUGUUUACAGUGAUUUAUUAAAAUGUAUGUAACAUACACACAUGAUUUCUGUAAGGUCCAUCCGUAAUGGUACAGCUCUGCUUUAUAAUCUUUACAGGUCUGUGCUGCAUCUUUUGCCUUGUUCUAUAUAUAAGGUAAGUGCUUCAGCUUCAUGGACACUUCCAGAAGCUAAUACAGCAUUAUACAAAAUGUAACAGUCUUGGUAGUAUAUAAAGAAUCUAUUGAGUUUUAUGUCAAAUGAAUUGGGUUAUGAAAAAAAUUGCAGUUAAUGCUUUUGUGA